GUAUAACCAGUGUUGGUCAGAGGGCUGUGGUAGAAAGCGGCCGCAGCCAUUUUAACCGCUCUGGACAUGAAGCUUCAACCAUUGAGGAGAGGCGUCAAGACCCUGACAGGAGUGUCCAACGGGUGUCAUUACCAUGGUGAGUCUCAAUCGCUUGAGUGUAGAAGAUCCCCAGGAUGUUUCCCCACUGCUGCCCGAGGCCGCAGAGCCGAAAGUGACGACGCCUGUAGAGCACGAGCGAGAAGCAAUGCCGCGCAAAGACUUUUUCAUCAGCAGGACAGAGAAUGCUGUCCUGAGUGUGCUGCUUCUGGCUGGAUGCUACUCUGCUAUUCUGAUUCCAGCAUAUUUCCCCCUGCGUAAAUUUGCUAUUACCGACGAUCAGUAUUCCAAACGGGAGGAGGUGCUGAACCUUUCGGCCUGGCUGCUGUCAGGCCGGUGUCAACGUCGCUGGUGCGUGGAGCGCCUGAAGCAGCUGCCAUGUUCCUCGGCUCUGACGGACAUCCCGGUGUUCCUGCGGCGAGAAGGCAGCACCGCCUGUUGGGACGCGCCCCCUCCUCUGGGGCUCCAUGGAAGCCAAGAGCAUCUGACCCGGGCUCUGGCCUUUCUGCCUCAGGUCGGCCUGCCCGAGACCCUGCGGCGAGACGGUGGCUGCAGAAGAUGCGUGGUGGUGGGCAGCGGAGGGGUCCUCCACGGGAGCCGUCUUGGAUUGCAUAUAGAUCAGUAUGAUGUCAUCAUCAGGAUGAAUAACGCUCCAGUGCUUGGCUACGAGAGAGACGCCGGUUCUCGCACGACCAUCCGCUUGAUCUAUCCAGAGGGAGCAUCCGGCUCUGCCGACGAGUACAACAAGACCUCCAUUGUUGCGCUUGUGGUUUUCAAGACUCUCGACCUGGACUGGCUCACCUCUGUCAUCUCGAAACAACCUCUGGGCUUCUGGUCCAAGUUGUGGUUCUGGAAGGAGGUGGUGGAUGAUAUUCCCUUGAGAGCAGAGAACUUCCGGAUCCUCCAUCCAGAGAUUAUUCGCAAGACUGGAGAAGUCCUUCAGAAAUACUCACAAAAACAAGGACGUUCAAUCGUGCCCACACUGGGGGCUGGCGCAGUGGUGAUGGCUCUGCAGCUGUGUGACCACGUGAGCUUGGCAGGCUUCGGUUACAACAUGCAGCACCCUCACGCUCCUCUUCACUACUACGAGACUGUACGCAUGGCCGCAAUGAAGGCUCAGGUGGUUCAUGACGUCAGCUCUGAGAAGCUCUUUCUGAGGGAGCUGGUGGCAGCUGGCGCCGUCAGCGACCUCACAGGAGCGCUGUGAAGCGGAGAUGCAGACGCUGACACUAACGUGAACUCAAAACGCAUUCCCGCCUCCUCCCUCUUCCUCCCGCCGUGAGCCUAUGACGAUGAGGAAGAGGACGCCAAUGACGAUGAUGUCCCACAUUACUGUGGCCACGCAGCUGCUCUGGAACGGCGGGGACUGACCUUUAAAGCACAACAUCCUCUGGGGUCUGUCAGAGAACUUGGUGGGCUCAACUUUGAAAGGAUAGAAGACAAGCUCAGACUGUAGCGGCUUGUCUUGACAGGAAGUGAUAUCAUCAUCCCCACACGUGGAUUGCAUAAUAUCAAAAAUUUACUGUGCAUCAUAUGUGGUCAUAUGGCCCAAAAUUGGCUUCAGUCCCUCAAAAAACCACCAACAUUUUUUUUUUUUUUAUAACUUAUUUUAUAAUGAGAAAAAUUGCACUCAACAGAAGCACUUCACAACGUCAAGACAGAAAUAAAAAAAUUAAAUAGAAUGC